AUGAAAUUGUUACGCUUUCGUCGUCAGAUUACAAACGAUAGCAGAUAUCUCGACAAAAUUGAGAAGUCAAUUAUUAGUCGUCUAGUACGCUUGCAUCGGCAAUUGUGUUACAGGUUCCAGUCUCAUCUUGACCUUUGGAUGAGAUUUAUUCAUUUUUGUAAAAUUAUCAACCGGCAUUUGUCUGUUGUACGCAUAUGGAAUAAUGUACUUCAGAUACAUGGUCGCACAGAACCAAGGCUUUGGAUUGCUGCAGCCGCAUACCAUUUACAUCAUGGUGUUAGAUCGAAAGCUCGUGAAAAUUUACGACAUUUUGACAGACAAAAAAGUGAUUUGGUGAAGACGCGGAAAAGAUUACUGAGUGAAUAUAUGAUAUUGGAUCGUCACGCAUCAGAGGCACAGAAGAAAGAAAUAAACGAGCUUAUGGAAGAGUUAAAAGAAAAUCAAGCUUCCUUAGAUAAAGCAGCUAAAGAAAUGGUCAGAGAACGUCGUCUUACUUGGGACAGGGCUCAUCUGAAUGCCAUUCGGGAAGCUCGUCAUUUGAUAACUGAAGGAAUCUCUUUAAAUCCUGAGUGUGAUCUAUUACAUUUGGAAUUAGCCAAAGAGGCAGCGGAAAACAAAAAAUUCAUGAAUUUAGUGACUGAAAAUACAGAAUUUAUUGCUAACGGAGGAGCUGUCAAUUUAGUGAUAGAGUCGCUACUAUCUCGUUGGGUUAAUAAUAGUAAAAUGCUUGAACUACUUCAUCAAAUCUUGGUAGCUGUUCCGCAAAUAAUCGACUCACAUUUAAUUGAGAAAGUAGCUAACCUUGCAAACAAUGCCAAGGAAGUGGAUAUUUCUAAGUCUUUGGAAAAAAUUGAGACCCCAUUAGAAUGUAGAACUCAUGGAAUUCGAUCAACACUUUCUGAUCAGUUGGUCGAAAUUCACCAAACCAUGCUGGAUAAAGGUGUGGAAGCUGUUAUACACUUAUGGAAUUCCUGGUAUUUACCUUCGACGGGUCAUUCUUUACAAACCUCGCCUUUCAGAUUAAUCAAUCCGUCAUCUCCUGAAGCUGUUGGUUUACUACGAUCUCGUUUAACCGCACUUUCUCUUUACUCUGUGUAUGAAUUGAACGGUCAGUCAUUGCCAAAAUCAACUGUAACAUCAAACGAAAUGGGCGCAAAUGAACAGGAAACUAAAUUACACAAUGUUUAUCACCAGAAACGCCAAUUUUUGUCCUCUGAAGUUAAUAAAACUCGAGGCUUGUUUGAUUUACUGAGUACUUCACAGUGGGGUAGUCACUGUCCAGAAUUCUGGUUAUUAUAUUUACACUUUGAAAAGACAAUUGGAGAUAUCACACAAAUUCCAUCUGUGCAAUGGAGAGCUCAAAAAACUCUGCUCACGGAAUACUUUGAUAAAUUCAUAUUAAUGUUAAAUAAAGAACAAUAA